GCGGAACAAACCAGGAGGGGGGAGAAGAUCUCGACAAUGGAUUUACCGCGAUCACGAUCCCGCUGUGAAUGAUCAGACCUGUUUGUUUCUUCUUUCUUUUUUUCUUCGCGGAGGCUCAUCAGCGUCUUGAGCCGAGAUGAUGGCUUCAAUAGGGGAAUUCGACCCUCUCAACACCAGAGUCCCUGCAACUAAAAUAGAAGUUACCGUGUCGUGCAGGAGUCUUCUGGAUGUGGACACGUUCUCCAAGUCAGAUCCUGUGGUCGUCCUGUAUUUGCAGGCUGUGGGAACCAAAGAGUGGAGGGAGUUUGGCAGGACAGAGGUAAUCGAUAACACUCGGAAUCCCGAUUUCGUCAGGAAGUUUGUCCUGGAUUUCUUCUUUGAAGAGAAACAAAAUCUAAGAUUCGAUGUGUACAAUGUCGACUCCAGAAGCUGUAAUAUUUCCAAACACAAGGACUUUCUGGGCCAGACCUUCUGUACCCUUGGAGAAAUCAUCGGCUCCACGGGAGGAAGGCUGGAGAAGACCCUCUCUGGGAUUCCAGGGAAGAAGUGUGGAGUCAUUAUCUUUACUGCAGAGGAGCUCAGUAACUGCAGGGAUAUUGCUACUAUGCAGUUGUGUGCCAACAAGUUGGAUAAGAAAGACUUUUUUGGCAAGUCUGACCCCUUCCUGGUUUUCUACCGCAGCAAUGAGGAUGGAACGUUCACCAUCUGCCAUAAGACAGAGGUGAUCAAGAACACGCUGAACCCGGUGUGGCAGCCUUUCACCAUCCCUGUCAGAGCUCUCUGCAACGGAGACUACGACAGGACUGUGAAGGUAGACGUCUAUGAUUGGGAUCGAGAUGGAAGCCAUGACUUCAUUGGUGAGUUCACCACCAGCUACAGAGAGCUGUCUCGGGGGCAGAACCAAUUCAAUGUCUACGAGGUUUUAAAUCCCAAGAAGAAAGGCAAGAAGAAGAAAUACAUCAAUUCUGGGACUGUAACUCUCCUGUCCUUCAAAGUGGAGUCCGAGUAUACCUUUGUGGAUUUCAUCCGAGGAGGAACCCAGCUGAACUUCACAGUGGCUAUAGAUUUCACAGCAUCCAAUGGUAACCCGUCCCAGCCCACCUCGCUCCACUAUAUGAGUCCCUACCAGAUGAAUGCAUAUGCCAUGGCCCUGAAAGCAGUGGGUGAGAUUAUCCAGGACUACGACAGCGACAAGCUCUUUCCUGCCUAUGGCUUCGGAGCUAAGCUGCCCCCUGACGGCAAAAUCUCCCAUGCAUUUCCACUGAGUGCUGACAGUGAGAAUCCAAACUGUGUGGGAAUAGAGGGCGUUCUCGAGGCCUAUUUCCAGAGCCUGAGGACGGUGCAGCUGUAUGGACCCACCAACUUUGCACCUGUUAUCAACAAAGUGGCAAACUGUGCAGCAGAGAUUACAGAUGGCUCCCAGUACUUUGUCCUGUUGAUGAUCACAGAUGGAGUGAUAUCUGACAUGGUCCAGACCAAAGAGGCUGUGGUCAAUGCAGCAUCACUCCCUAUGUCCAUCAUCAUCGUAGGUGUUGGGCCUGCUGAGUUUGAUGCUAUGGAGGAGCUGGAUGGAGAUGAGGUGAGAGUAUCCUCCAGAGGACGGCUUGCUGAGAGAGACAUUGUUCAGUUUGUUCCAUUCAGAGACUACAUCGACAGAUCUGGCAACCAGGUCCUGAGCAUGGCCCGGCUGGCUAAAGACGUCCUCGCCGAGAUCCCCGACCAGCUGCUGUCCUUUAUGAAAAGCCGAGGAAUUGAACCGCGACCGGCUCUCUCCACCUCUCCGAUACCGGGGCUACACCGGCAUAUCUGACCCCGACACUACCACGGCCACUCAUCUCUGACUCUCUCUCUCUCUCUCUCCCCCUUUCCCCACUCCACCACUCUGCUUAUCUACUCUCACAAUUAUUUGUCACUUUAAAAAGGAGCAGAAGGAUCGACCCGUGACUCGCCCUCUUCCUCUCUUAUCACCCGUGAAGCUAAACAGGCACAUCAGAGCGACGCAGCGGGCACUCAUCCCUGACUCACCUGCUGUUGUUCCUCAUCUUUUCCUCUCUAACUCACCCUGUUAUACGGCAUCACUUCCCAUUUACCGUGUGAAAGACCAGUGAGACUGAACCAUGACCAUCCCUUUCCUCCCCACUGAUUAUCAUUCAAAGCCUGACUUUUUGAAUUUGUCUGUUAAUUCCCCUCACCAGACACUUCUCUUUUUUUCAAGGGGAGGUUUUUACAUGUGUCCUUGUCCUCAGCAGCGCUGACUAUUCUCUUAUUUGGCACGAGUCCCAGAAGCGCAAGAAACAAAAAUUGAAUUGAGGCUAGUCCCUAAAUGAAAGCAGAGCCCUUGAUGAGCAAUAUACACCGGCUUGAUUAGGUGCUUUCGGGGGGUAUCUCUGGCUAUAGUUUGACUGUAAUUCAUUGGAGUAAUUGGUCACCAUUAUUAUGAUACUUUGCUAUCGUCAAUAUCAUCGAGCCGCGCCAAAUCUCUCUAGCAAUUAGUUUAAUCCAAACAGAAGAAAUAGAGAGGAAGAAUCAGGGAGAC